UUCAAGGCACGACUUGUAGCGCGAGGGGACAUGCAGAGGGCUUCGAUUGAUUUUGGAGAAUUGUUUGCACCCACCGUAUCCGUGUCUAGUGUGCGUUUGUUGGCAGCAUUGGCAUGUGAGCAGAACCUUGACUUGUGCCAUUUCGAUAUUCAGCAGGCAUUUGUGCAGUCUGAGCUUGAAGAUGAUGUUUUCAUGCGUCUCCCGCAAGGUUGUGGCAGGUUAUCUGGACUGAUCGUGAAGCUAUACAAGAGUCUGUACGGCUUGAAGCAGGCAUCACGACAAUGGCAUGCGCACCUGACGAAGUGUUUGUUACUUUUAGGAUUUGUGCAAUGUUUGGCGGAUGCAUGUGUUUUUCGAUUGAUGGAGGAUGGAUGUGUGAUCAUGAUCAUUGUGGUCCACGUGGGAUUCCUGAUGUGGUUGGCCACUCNGCCUGUGAGCGUGAAGCUCACCGACUUUGACGAAAACGAAGCGUGUGCUGAUGUCCCGUUUCGCGAGUUGGUAGGAUCUCUGAUGUGGUUGGCCACUCAAACCAGGCCGGACAUCGCGAAUGCAGUACGAGCAGUAGCGCGGUAUUGCGCGUCUCCCAAGAUGGUGCACUGGAAGGCAGCACUUGGUAUUUUAGGGUACGUGCGUAGGACGAGUUGGAUGGGGAUUACAUUUGAGAGGGGAGUGGUCACUGGCAUGAGCAUGCAGGUGUUUGUGGAUGCCGACAAUGCAAGCAAGGCAGCAGACCGGAGGUCGGUCUCAGGAGGAGUAGUGAUGUGUGGGGGUGGGGGUGUGACUUGGUUUUCGAGGACGCAGAAGUGCGUUACGCUCUCCACAACGGAAGUAGAGUAUGUGGCAAUUGCCGACGUCUUGAAGGAAGUGCUUUUCUUGAGGCAGGUUUGGCGUUUGAUGUUGCUAGAUGCAGAUAUGUCGUGCAUUCCGGUCUUCGAGGAUAAUCAGGGAGCGAUUCAGAUUGCGCACAACCCGAUCACGAACUCAAACUCGAAGCACAUCGAUGUACGGCAUCACUUUAUCAGGGAACUGGUAGAGAGGAAGGAGAUUUCGAUUACGCAUGUGACGUCGGAGUUUCAGCAUGCAGAUUUCUUGACGAAGGCUAUCAGCAAGGAAUCUUUUGCGUUGCANGCGCACAACCCGAUCACGAACUCAAACUCGAAGCACAUCGAUGUACGUACGGAAAUUGCAGUGAUGAGAUGCGGAGGAAUCAGAGAGAUCCGUUCGGUAGUUUGUGGGUGA